AUGCUCCGCGCGCUCUUCUCGUACGGGUGCCCGGAGGACGUCGCUCCGUUCAUCACGGACGACAAGCUCGACUUUGUCCUCUCGCGCUGGCUCCAAUCGUGGCUCGGCGGCGUGCACAUUCGACGCGCCCUUGGCGCUCACAUCAAAGUCAACGUGCUCCAGGUCGUCGUGUUCCUCGUGCCACCGGCCCUAGGCGCCGGCCUCAGUGUCGUGGCCCUCGAGCUGCACGUCAAGGCGGUUGUCUUCGGUUUCUCAGUCGUCGCGCUCGUCGUUGUCUUGCAAAGCAUCGUGUUUCUGAUGCGGCGCAACCACCAAGCGCCGCGGCGUGGUACGCGCAAGAGCAUCGACGACACGGACACGCACGUGAACCACAAGAUCUUUACGUCGAUGCUGCUCGAUAUGCUCUUCCCGCCCAAGCACCUGCUUGACGAGGCGAUUGGGCUUUCGCUCACCUUUUGCAUGGCAGGCCUCGUCAUGCAGCUCCUCUCGGAUCGUGACCUUGGUGCUUAUGCCAGCACGUACAGUAACUGCGACAUCGUCGAGAACGUGCUUGGCUGGACCGUUUACGCCACGGCGCAAUACCCGAUGAGCGCAAGGAGCCCCGUCGACGUCAAUACGUGGCGCGUGGGUGCGCCUUCUGCACUCGACGACGUCCAGCGCGCUGUUUACGUGACGGGGCUUGCAGGGCUCGACUGGAUCUUGAAGACGGCGGUGCCGUCCGCCCUCACGGCCCGCUUGGCCGUGCGCUACUGUCUCUAUGCGACACCAGUGCUCUUGAACUUUGGCGUGCUCCCGCCUACGACCGCACUCUUUGAAUAUAUCGUGGAGCAGGCGCUUGGCGUUGGAUUCGGCCACGCGCCGUGUGAAGACGUCUACCUACUGAUGAUGUACGCAGUCGCUUACGCGGGGGCUACGGGACUAGUCGCAGCAAGCGCCUCGGCGCCCCUGGCCGUCUCGCUAGGGCUAGCGUCGGCACUGGGGCGGUGCCUCGCCUCGAGUCGUCUGCGCUCGUGGAAAGAGGUGCUGACACGCGAGAUUCUGCUGAAGACGACGUCCAAGGUCGUGCCGUUUUCGCCCGAGCAUGAGCGGACCAUGGUUUCCGAAGCCGACUUGAAGGGCUCGAUGGCCGACGUCCCCGAGCUCUGGCGCCACACGCUCUUGCACAGUGAUCGCAUGCUUUCUGCACUGCGAUAUGCCUUGGUCAUUGCGCUCUCGGCGGGGGCCGGCGCCGGCUUUGCGAGCCUCUCCGAUUCGGAUCGCGACCAAUGCGGCAUCUCUCUUGUACGUUCCAACUGUCUGCGUUGUGCGCUGCUCAUGCGGUCCAUGUAG